AUGACGCCCGCUCAGGAUGGAUUUGUUUCAAGUACGAGGGGGACUUUGGAAUUGCACUUGGUGAUUAUAGAGAUUCUACAAGAAGUGAAGCAACUUCACCCAAAGCUGGAAUACUCAGCCGUCAACAAGCUGAGGAGCAUCAAGCUCGAGGUUAUAGAUUGCACGUUGACCCAGCCCAGGUUUGCCAGGAUAUACUCUAGCCACGUCAAAGGGUCACUGCGGCGCUGGGACGAUCUGAUCGACUGGAUCAGGUUGGACCUGCCCAAAGCUAACGUGGAAGGGACGCAGAAAAUAUUGUUGACAGGGUUAUCGUCCCGUCCAAACAUCCAUGAGCUCAAUCACUGGAUGCGUUCGAGACUCGGGUCAGACUGCCUGCUGAUUGUUGCCUCACGCAUCGCCCGGAUAGGCAUGUGCCGCGCGCUGGUCUUUGUCUGUACCCUCGCUAUGGUAAAGGGCUUGUCCGAGGAUAGAAUACAUGACGGUCUCGAAGGAGCGAUGUUCGGCAAUGAGACCGUGCGAAUUCUGGUUGAGCGGUCUGAUGGCCAGGCUAGUGCAACGAAGUGCCAACAAGAGGCGGCACCUCUGGUCGUGCUGGGAUCGUCGAGACUGCCACCUCAGUGGCCUAUGUGCCGCAACUUGAUGUCCGGUGUCAGGGCGAAGCCUUUUCAGAUCCCCAAGUACAGUUCUGAAGAUGCCGGUACAAGUUGGAAGCGAGAACAAACCAGACUACCACGAUAUCUCGGUCGAGGAAAUCUCUCAGGGGGCAGGCUAUACUGCAAGAUAACUUCGCCAUUCAACAGCACCACAAAGAAACUGUAUCGACUGUCAUACUCCUAUGCUUGUGUAUUCCGCACACACUGCCAACAAUUCUAUCGCCUGCAAGAUAAAGCUGAAAAGCUCUAUACAAUGACAGCACCCCAUUUUCCUAUACAAGCCGGAACCCAUCAGCCUGGCCCUCUGAGCAUUCAAAACAUGGUUAAACCAGUGGAAAACCAGGGGAUCUCUUCUUAUAGCAACACUAUGCCGCAGCAGUACGGGUUGAUUCCUGCCGCGAGCAUGUAUGUCAGUCCCGCUGUCUUGCAAUCCAUGGAUGUCCCUUCAGAGAAGAGCCUGCACCCAAAAUCAGAAACGUGGCAAAAGGUCAUGACAGGACAGGGGCAGCACAACCAGGAACACCAAGAACCAAGGCCGUUCAUGCCCGCUCCUAUUCGCGAAUCAGAUAUGCCAACGUCGGCUUCAGCCUGGAUUAGAAACACCAAACAUCGGCGGUUGAAACCAGGAUACGCGCCUGCGACAUUCGGCCAACAAAGAUCAAGGGCAUGCCACGGACAAUUACAAAUGAUGUCCACAUGGCGGUUUCAGGAUCAUCAGGGAAACCAGCCGCAGGGAGGCUUAUCAACCCAUUCUGUCAAGCAUCGGGUUACUCGAGCCAUGGCCUCGCGCAGAAGCGGUGCGCCAAGAAGCCCCGGGGCCCAGACAAGAAAUGUCGAAACCGAUUGCCAUGCAGAAUGGCUUCAACGUCCACUGGUACGACGUGUACCUUCAGCCCUUCAACCUCGACUACCCUCGAUUCGAUCGCUUAUUCCCGAACUCCCCGAAACCUUUGCAAAUCAAACAGAGGUGUUCGACAGCACAUCAAAGUUUGUAUAGUGCAGCGAAACGGCAAGAGUAGAUAAGAUGCAGCAGCUAAGCAGGCAUUCGGUUGCAGAAGCGACCCAUGUGCAGUUAUCUUAUUGAUGCGCCGCCUGCAUCCUCCACGAUGGGGCUACCUGUACAAUGUACUCUAUACCAUAGACUCUAAAUCGCU